GGUGGUGGUGGUGGUGGUGGUGAUGGUGAUGGUGGUGGUGGUGAUGGUGGUGGUGGUGAUGGUGGUGAUGGUGGUGGUGGUGAUGGUGGUGGUGAUGGUGGUGGUGGUGGUGGUGGUGGUGGUGAUGGUGGUGGUGGUGGUGGUGGUGGUGGUGGUGGUGGUGGUGGUGGUGGUGGUGGUGAUGGUGGUGGUGGUGAUGGUGGUGGUGGUGAUGGUGGUGGUGGUGGUGAUGGUGGUGGUGGUGGUGGUGGUGGUGGUGGUGGUGAUGGUGGUGGUGGUGGUGGUGGUGAUGGUGGUGGUGGUGGUGGUGGUGGUGGUGGU